AUGUAUCAUCGAGGAAGAAAAACCUCUUCUGAUUCUGCGUUGCUUGCGACAUUGAGAAUAACUUUUCCUUAUGAACCUUCAUCAUUCUUUGAAAAGGGAAUUGCUGAUGACUCUGGCCAUCUCUGUAGUUUCGAGGCUGACUUAGAUCUUUCUACCUUGGCUCCCUUUGAGGGGUCGCAGGGGCAGAAGGCUGAUCGACAAACCAGGGUCCAACAGGAUGCGAUUGACCUUGUGAUUGUCAAUCUCCCCAAUCACUUGGGACGAUUAUGUUCAGUUGUUUUCAACAUGAGGUCAUCAUUAGUGAAGGGCUCAAGGGUGCAAUGUGCUAGACCUAAGACUUCAACAGGAGUGAUUGAGUUUCCUAAUCUUUUGGGAAAACUUUCACUACCUUCUGGAAAGAGAGUUCCUCUCUCCGUUACACCCAUAGUGGAGUAUGCCCAUUCUUACCUUUUAAGUGACAAAGGAGGUGAAGACUAUGACCAAUUCCAGAUCAUAAGGGAAAAUCAGCUCUAUGUGAAAAAGAAGGUGCGUGCAAGCCGUGGUAGACUGGGAGAUGCCACGCAAGGUGCAGGAACUAAGAUUCUUCCUCAGAUUAGUCAUACUUCAAAAUCUGGCCUUUGGACGACUAAGUCAGCUCGGCUUCUCUUUCUGAAUCAGAUUCACUUCCGACGUGGAGCACACUUGACCCUGCGUCACUUGAUGUAUCAUCGAGGAAGAAAAACCUCUUCUGAUUCUGCGUUGCUUGCUGCAUCGAGAAUAGCUUUUCCUUCUGAACCUUCGUCAUUCUUUGAAGAGGGAAUUGCUGAUGAUUCCGGCCGGCUCUGUAGUUUCGAGGCUGGCUUAGAUCUUUCUGCCGUUUUGGGGAACAUCUUGGCCUUCACUUCUGCUUUGGUUGGCUCCCUUUGA